UCCGAUUCUUCCUUCUCGGUCUUUAAAAACUCCUAAGAGGGAGGGUUACACAUUGCUAUUCUAUCUAGAUAUGUCUUAAGUAAGUAGUGAUCUACAGACACAUUGCGUAUAGCUGUGGUGGAUGCUCGUGUGCUCAUGGUAAUACUAGCAAUAGGAAAAUUUCAGCAGAAAGUGAAAUCCUGUUUGAUGAUUGUAUCACAAUUAGGAAAUACACUUAACUAUAGGUGGGGUUGAUGUAGGUCGAUAUAAUCUUUCCGUCGAUAGAUUUUGAUUCUUAGAGAUUUGGUUUAGCUUUUACUAAUUGUUCUAUCUCGAGACUUCAAGAUUUGAAAGCAUUGGAUAGUCUGGCAGGUACGAUUCUGCUGUCGCUUAUCUUUUCUAUGGCGGUUCUUCGUCAUCUUGCCUCUUCCUAGGUAACUCCUCUCGAAACAAUGGUGGCCCUCGAUGGCGCUCAGCAGAAGGCGGCAUUUGCCACGUGCGUUAUAACACUUCCCAUAUGCACUCUAGCAACUGGUCUUCGCUUUGUAGCCACCCAUCGCUCUGGCCGAAAACCCGGUCUUGAGGAUUGGUUUGCACUAGCGGCUCUAGUGACCUUCUUGCCAUAUGCUGUUGCGCUACUGUAUGUCAUGGUCAGCAACGAUGGGCGUCCAACACAAGAAUUCCUGAUGGCUAUUAUGGAGCGAGACCCUAAGGCGAUGCAACUUCUAGAGAUACUAUGGGUCAACCUUAGCUUCUUCUGGCCGCAGCAAACCUUCGCGAAGCUCAGCCUACUAGCGCUUUACUACCGCCUCUUUUCCGUCAGUCGCCCAUUCGUCAUCGGCGUCUGGAUUGUAGCUGCUCUGCAGAUCGCAUGGGGCAUUGGCGUAUACGUUGCGUACCUCAAUAGUUGCAAACCCAUCUCCAAGGCUUGGGACAUAGCGCGAGAUGGCAAAUGCGUAGAUGAUACUGUCUUCUUUAGUGCUUCCGAUCCCCCAAACUCGAUCAUCGAUUUCAUCAUGGCUGGUCAGGCUAUAUGGAUGUUGAAAUCGCUUCGAAUGGGUACUAAUUCCAAAUUCAAGCUGGCUAUACUGUUCUUGAUUGGUGGCUUUUCGGGUGCUAUUGGGUUCGUAAAAGUUGGUGUGGCUCAGCAUGCCGUUAAUAGAGACUUCCGACAAUCUAUAUUCGACGAGGUUCAAAUGGCAACGAGCUUACUAUGCUGCUGCGCACCGCUCUACAAGAGCCUGAUACCCACGGACAUCGGCUUCAUCCAAGCGCUGAAGUCGUGGACCGGACGCAUAGGGAGCACCAACACAGAAAAGCCAGACUCUAGAGCAGUUUCGGAGCCGGGGAGACGUCCGGAGUCGCGUGGCUUCUCCCCCGGGAGAGCUCGAGCCCUAGAGAGGAACCAGCGCGAUAGAUGGAUGAAUAUCGACGGUUCGGCGCUCGCUUGGACUGAUGUGGAGGCGUCGCAUGUGGAUGUAUACGUGUCUCGAGCGGAAGAGGAUCGUGAUGGAGUAUCGGAAGCGGGGAGUAGUAUACCUUUGAAGGCUGUGCGGGUCGAUAGGACGGUCGAGGUUGUAUAAUAACUAUUAGCGGUCUAGCUUUGGGAAAGGCUUACGUCAUGGGGGUAAGCAGGGGAAUUUCGUUGUUGUAGUAGUUCUCUAUAUGUUAUGAGAAGACCGUAGCCGAAGACGAGAGAAUAAAGUGGCUAUCGAUGUAGGCAUACUUGGAGUUGCCUGCAUGCUCAUCGUGUAACAAUAAGAUUGCUACCCCACCUCGUCUUUGUUGGCUUCGCAACAGUAUUGCUUUUGCUUUUUUGAAACAAAUGUUCGUAGGGAGUUGAGUUCGUGAUGGCCGAGCCGCACAGGAUCGUGAAGGAUCGUACAUAUUGACCUGCAUAUUUGGAUUAUUUGGUUGAAGUUUGUUUAGUGGAAGUUCCUGUAACUGACGCCACUGGCCUAAAGAGGGGAGGCGAGUCGAUAGAUCGGCCACUGCUACAGAUAUUUUAGCGUUGUAAAAAGGUCGGCCAAUGAAGUCGUAAUGCCUCAGAUAUGCAUUCGUUCUGCGUCGAAGUUUACAGCCUACCUAGAUAUAGACGCGCAUCAAACCGGUCUAUUUUGUUAUAAGAAUUAGUAACUACAUAUGCAUUGCUCUUG